AUGGCUUUUCCGUCAUCUACUAACCAGGACGUCACGAAAAAGAUACUGGAAGACAUCCAGAUGAAAAAACAAUUGCUACAGAAAGGGGUCAAUUCGCAUUCGCCCGGCUUUGGCAACCUGUACAACACGUCCCUCGGUUUCGGUAGCCUGUACACGCCUUCGCCAUUGUUUCAAUUACCGAAGUACACGGCCACCGGCGGGCAGCCGAACGAUAGCAAUCAAAGCAUCUCGAAGGGCGCCUGGAGCCAGGCAAUCAAUCAAUCGUUUGGCUUUUUCGUACCGCAGGACUCCCUGUUUGGAAAUAAUAUUCUCCCGGUACUGCCACGCUACGACAAUCCUUCGAUCCAUUACACUAGUACCCCGAAAUUUUGA